CUUUAUUGGGCCUGAUAAAAUUAUCAGAGAAAUUCGAUAAUUCGUCUCUAGCUACAGACAUCGUCCGGGAAUUCACCGGCUCAAACGUUCAACGGACUCAACCCUCGUAAAAUCACAUUCAACGAAACUCCAAACCCAUAACACAAAUACUAUACUGAAGCAGAAAACAUUAAUAGCAUCAGCGAUUUCUGAUUGUAAGAUCAAACAGAGAUGGGGAAGAAACAGCACAGCAAGGACCGAAUGUUCAUAACCAAAACGGAGUGGGCCACCGAAUGGGGCGGUGCCAAGUCUAAAGAAAUCCGUACGCCCUUCAAACGCCUUCCCUUCUAUUGCUGCGCGCUUACGUUUACGCCAUUCGAGGAUCCUGUGUGUACAGCUGAUGGCACCUUAUUCGAUAUAAUGACUAUAACUCCCUAUAUUAGAAAGUAUGGGAAACAUCCUGUUACUGGGCCCACUGAAGCUGAGCGAUUUAAUCCCAGUUACUUUUCACAGAAUGCUGAAGGAGAGUAUCAUUGCCCCGCUAAUAAAGUUUUCACUGAAUUUACACACAUUGUUGCUGUCAGGACUACAGGGAACGUGUUCUGUUAUGACGCAAUCAAAGAAUUAAACAUCAAGACGAAGAAUUGGAAAGAGCUUCUAACUGAUGAACCUUUCACUAAGGAAGACCUUAUAACAAUUCAGAAUCCUAAUGCUCUUGACAACAAGGUUACUCUUGAUUUUGAUCAUGUUAAAAAAGGUCUGAAACUUGAUGAUGAAGAACUAAAUAAAAUGAAUUCAGAUCCAACCUAUAACAUAAACAUUGCUGGAGAUAUCAAGCAGAUGUUACAAGAGCUUGGAACUGAGAAAGGAAAACAAACUGCACUGCUUGGGGGAGGUGGUAGCAAGGCCCAAAAAGAAAGAGCUGCUGCCCUUGCUGCCAUUUUAGCUGCAAGGUCACGCAUUAUAGAGGAUACCAAAUCAGAUUCAAAUGGAAAUGCUAAAGCUACUCAAGGUUUCAGUAUUGUUGAUGCUGCAUCGGCUUCAGUUCAUGGAAGAAGUGCUGCUGCAGCCAAAGCUGCAUCCAGUGAUAAAACAGCUGCUCGGAUAGCCAUGCACAUGGCUGGUGACAGGGCUCCUGUGAAUGCAAAGCUGGUGAAAAGUCGGUUUACCACAGGUGCUGCAUCACGGUCCUUCACAUCUACCUCAUAUGAUCCUGUCACCAAAAAUGAAUUUGAAUAUGUCAAAGUCGAGAAAAAUCCCAAAAAGAAAGGCUAUGUUCAACUGCAUACAACGCAUGGUGAUUUGAAUAUUGAGCUCCACUGUGAUAUAGCUCCAAGAACAUGUGAGAAUUUCAUUACACUCUGUGAACGUGGCUAUUAUGACGGAGUAGCUUUUCAUAGAAAUAUCAGGAAUUUUAUGAUUCAAGGUGGUGAUCCUACUGGUACUGGAAAAGGAGGUGAAUCUAUAUGGGGAAAGCCCUUCAAAGAUGAAGUGAACUCCAAGUUACUUCACUCUGGAAGGGGUGUUGUUAGUAUGGCAAACAGUGGUCCGCACACAAAUGGUUCCCAGUUUUUCAUUUUGUAUAAAUCUGCAAAUCAUUUGAACUUCAAACAUACAGUUUUUGGAGGAGUUGUUGGUGGUUUGACUGCAUUGGCAGCGAUGGAGAAGGUUCCCAUUGAUGAUAAUGACCGACCUUUGGAGGAGAUUAAGAUAACCAAUGUAACGGUGUUUGUCAAUCCUUACUCAGAACCAGAUGAAGAAGAGGAAGAGAAGGCCAAAGAAGAGGAAAAUGCUGAGGAUGAAGAUAAAGAUAAGGUUGGAUCAUGGUAUAGUAACCCGGGUACAGGAGCAACAGAAGCCGGAGCAAUUGGUGGUGGAGGUGUGGGGAAGUACUUGAAAUCAAGGAAUCAACAAAUUGAACCUAUUGCAGAUGACAGAGGAUUGAAUGCCAUUACCGCAGCUAAGAAAAGGAAAGUGGGAGUUUCAACAGGUGAAUUCAAAGAUUUUUCUGGGUGGUGAGAUUUCUGUAAUCUGGUACCAUAUUUUCAGACAGUGAAUACUAUUGAACUGGUAUUUGCCGGUAUUGUAACAUAAUUUUUAAGCUGGGGGAGGAAAGAAACAGAAAAGGCAGCAGCAUUUUUUAUUUUUCGUUGUUGUAUGUACAAUAAUGCAUUGUAGCAGAGUUUGCUUUAGUUUUUUUCUGAUAAAUGCAGAUUUUGGUCAAAGAAA